AUGGAUCCCAUUGAGGAAGUCAAGUCGGAAAUAGCAGAGGUCAAGGAACAAAUCAAGGCUGUUUCAGAAGAGAUUAAGGAAGCGAAGGAGGGCAUCGAGCGUGCAGAAGAAGCUGGCAACCUGAGUGAGAAACAGCGCUGGGUGAAGAAAGAGGAGCAGCUGCGGGAGGAGAAGAACAAGCUGCUGGAGGAGAAGAACAAGCUGCUGGAUGAGAAGGCCCGGCUGCAAUCUGCAGUGUCAACUACUGGCGGCAACAAGGGCAGCAACAUGGAGGUCUGCGCACGACUUCUUGGCGAAGUUAACCAUUGGGAAGCAGAAGGAGCGCUUGAAGCCACAGCUGCAGACUUUGGAGAAAAGCUCCUAGCACCUUUCAACCCUCUCCCGGCCUCAGUUCAAAUAUACGACCAGAUCAAUGAUGAAGAUGAAAACUUGGGCCGAAAACUCAAGCUGGAAGGUGACUGCUCCCUUGUUCGGCGCGUCUCGGGUUUGCUGGAUGAUCCUGAACCAACUGCAGAGCUGAAGGAGUUGGCAACGUCAUUUAAUGUGAUGAAGUUCCUGAGCCUCCUCCAGCGUCUCGCGAAGUACGCCCCGGAUCGUCUGAGAAUCCAUAUACGGCUCUCUUGGAACCAGGCAGAGCGACGUGUGUCUCGCCCUGUCACGCAGCCCGGGACCAUCGUUCGGCCAGACACACACCUUGUGACAGAAAAGCUGUCCCUCCUGUUUGGGGAGGACAAGGAGGCGAACGACGAGCUCACAGAAGCCUGGAAGGACCACCGAAGGAAGCUGAACGGGGGCUUGAAUCCUGUCGCCUAUGGCAGAGUGCCAUUCAUCCCUCUCUACGCUGCUGCAGGCGAUUUGAUCCAAUUCGGAAGGCUGACCUCAGACGGGCAAGUUCAGCGCGCUGGCCGGGCGUAUGACUGGACCGUCCAAGGAGAUCGGAUUGCAAUCGUGAUUGCGGUGGUCAACAUCUAUAAGUUGCUUGUGACACUGGUCAAGCUCGCCCCAGAAGACCACCAGAGGUUUCCAGUGUUUGACAUCAUCUCCCGGCCAAACGGCGCGGAGAUUCUCAUUUGCCUUGCAACGGUGCACAAGAAGAUUGAGAACAGCGCCGACUUCUUUCAGAGCAUUCACAACGACUACGAAACUGUAAAGACCGCGUACGAGCUGGCCAACGGAAAAUCAUUCGCGGUCUGGCACGAGAGCAUCUCCAAUACCCCGGGAAAGAAGCGUGGUAGUACCGAUCAGCCACGCUGCAUCUACAAGGUCGUCUUGACCCGGUUGGGCUUCUGCAUCGAGGACAUCAACGAGCUGAGCGAGAGCGACCUUAGAAAAGCUGUCCGUGUGUGCUUAGAGCUCUGCCGGCUGUUCGCAGCUGCGAAGCUCGGCCAUUGCGACCUGCGAAUGUCCAACAUCCUCUGGGGGCCACAACCCUUCGUCGCCGACUUUGAGGCCGCGCACAAGCUGCCCUGGAAGGUGCCGCACAACUUCCAGCCCUUUACAGACUGGGAUGCUGGAACAUUGUCGCGAUCAAGAGAGUACACCACCAAAAGCGACGUGUACCAGGUGGGCAUCAUGAUGGACAAGUAUGACGGAUUGACAGAAGAGGGUCGGCAAUUGGCCGCGUUACUGAAAAGGAAAAAGGUAGAGGCAGAGGUCGCUUUAAAGGACCCCUACUUGUCUUGAAAAAGCAAGACUGCUUCCUCAGCCGACUGCGGAGGGAUGAGGGCUGGGCCACUUGAUUUUUACAUUCAGCAGAUGCCCAAUCAGUGCAAACACAAAGUGGAUUGGCGACAAAUCAAAAUGCAAACCUGUUAUUUCAGACCGUUGCAUAUUGGAAAGGUUUUGGGGAAAUAAGUCCGGUCACAUCGAGACAGAGUGGAAGCAAUGUUUCCGAUGUCUC